GCACAGGGUUUCAGUCUUUAUAUGAAGUGGAGUAAAAUAUACAGCUCUGAGUUCGUUGUUUACUGUACAUCUGAUCCAGUAUGUCUUAUGUAUCAGAGAGCUCUAGUCUCAACAAGGCCCUGCGGCAGCAGUAUCUCAGUCUGCCCCAGGGAAACUUCUGUCAGGUCACUUACGUCUGGAUCGAUGGCUCUGGAGAGGGUCUGCGUAACAAGACUCGAACCAUGGAUUCAGAGCCAAAGAGCGUAGCUGACAUACCAGAGUGGAAUUUCGAUGGUUCCAGCACGGGUCAGUCUAAAGGACACAACAGUGACAUGCUACUGAUUCCUGUCUGCAUGUUCAGGGACCCAUUCCUCUUGGACCCGAACAAACUGGUGCUAUGUGAGGUGCUCAAGCCCACCCGAGAAACUGCAGAAUCGAACCACCGUAACCGCUGUAACAAGGUCAUGGAGAAGGUCAAAGAGCUUCACCCUUGGUUUGGAAUGGAGCAAGAAUAUACUCUCCUAGGAGUGGAUGAACACCCUUAUGGCUGGCCUAGAUUUGGCUUUCCCAAACCACAAGGUCCAUAUUACUGCAGUGUUGGUGCUGACAGAGCUUUUGGCAGAGACAUUGUGGAGUGUCAUUAUAAAGCCUGUCUGUAUGCUGGCAUCAAAAUCAGUGGCACUAACGCAGAGGUCAUGCCCUCUCAGUGGGAAUUCCAGGUGGGUCCAUGUGAAGGAAUUGAGAUGGGAGAUCAUCUAUGGAUGUCACGUUUCCUGCUAUACAGGGUGUGUGAAGAUUUUGGAGUGGUGGCUACUCUGGAUCCAAAACCCAUGACAGGAGAUUGGAACGGAGCCGGUUGCCACAUCAAUGUGAGCACAGUGCAAAUGAGAGAACAAGGAGGAAUUGAGCACAUUGAGAAAGCCAUUAAGAAACUGAGCAAGCGCCAUGCAGAGCAUAUUCGUGUCUACGACCCACAUGAUGGAGAAGAUAACAAACGUCGCCUCACGGGUCGCCACGAGACCUCCAGCAUCCAUGACUUCUCAUCAGGUGUUGCUAACCGCGGUGCCAGCAUCCGUAUCCCUCGUCAGGUGGGUCAGGAAAAAUGCGGUUACUUUGAGGACCGCCGUCCUGCUGCCAACUGUGACCCAUAUGCUGUGACCUGCGUAAUGGCCCGCACCUGCAUGCUGGAAGGGGAGGAAGAUGCCCAUGAACUUGAAUAACACACUUUUAGAAACUAAUAAUUGUAUGGAAUAUUUUGAAAUAUAAUGAAAAAUAUUUGUUAUUUUUUCUGUAAAUUAUACUCUAUACAUAUUAAGCUCUUCUUCUUAAAAGAAUGUUUUAUGACACAUGAUUUGCAGGCAAGCUUGAUAUGUUGUAUUGAAUGAUCGUACACCUACCUGUUUCUCUGCACAAUAUUAGAUUAGAACCUGACUGGGGUUAACAGCUGAUUCUCUCCCUGCCCUUCUACCGUCACACAAACAAAAUUCAAAAGGUUGCAUUCCAAGUUACUUGCCACAGCAAUGCAGAUGGUUUAGGUGAACAGGUUUUUAUAAUUGCCAAAUAUUCAAGGGUUUUUUCACAUUUUACUCAAAUGAAGCCACAUAAAUCACACAAUACAUCACAGAAACAGGUUUGAGCAUUCAUAUGGCAUGAAGCACCAAACACUUAGUGUGUUCAUCAUCUUUGAAAUAUGUAUGAAAUGUAUCAAAUCUUUGGGGUUGAUGAUGUUUCUUAUCCUCACAAAG